UGUCACAGCUCAAUGUACAACCACAACCAGCAGACUCUGGAGUAUUCACAUUAGAUAUAUUUGAGGACCUUGUCUGUUUAUGUAUAAUGGCUGUUGAAAACACCACCCUGGACUCAGCUGAAAACUCUCCAAACCAGAGCAGCUGUGAUGUUUUCGUGUACCAACGAGCUGCUGUGGUCCUCUUCCCCAUUUUCUACUCGGUGGUUUUCAUCAUCAGUGCGUGCGGCAACAGCUUGGUCCUCUAUGUGAUAUUCCAGAGGAAGCAGAAGUUCAACUCCACCUCCGUCUAUCUGGUCAAUCUGGCACUGUCUGAUGCUCUGUUCACACUGGCCCUUCCAGGAAGAAUCACUUACUACAUCCGCCAUUUUGACUGGCCCUUUGGUGACCUUCUCUGCAGACUGACCACACUUCUCUUCUUUGCAAACACAUAUGCAGGCAUUGGCUUCAUGACCUGUAUCAGUCUGGACAGGUACUUGGCCAUGGUACAUCCACACCGGCUGCAGUGUUUGCGGAGCGUGAAGGUGGUCCGCAGGGUCUGCUGCCUGGUCUGGGCUCUGGUAUUCCUGCAGAUAGCUCCUCUCAUGUUCCGCAGCAUGCUGCACAAGCACAACGACAGACAAACCUGCAUGGAGUACUUCAACUUCGAGGGAUCCCGCUUCACCCCGUAUCUCCUCCUCCUGGCCUGUACCCUCUCCUUCUGCUGUCCGCUCGUCAUCAUCAUCGGCUGCUACGUCAAGAUCAACCUGAAGCUGAGAUCCGCAGCCAAGCAGAACUCUGUGACAUGUCGACCAAGGAGGAAUCACAGGGCCAACACCAUCAUUCUCCUCAUCCUCCUCACCUUCAUCAUGUGCUUCAGCCCUUACCACCUCAAUGUUAUGCAGUUUAUGACCCGAAAGAUACACCACAUGCCAACCUGUGAGGAACUGAGGUCCUUUAAGGUGUCUUUACAGAUUACAGUCUCACUAAUGAACUUCAACUGCUGCUUGGACCCAGUCAUCUACUUCUUUGCCAUAAAGACCUACAAGAAGCGGGUGUUGAGUCUGUUCAAGGACUAUCUGUAUACUUCGGGUGCUCCCUCCAAAGUGACUGCUGAGAACAGCAGCAGUAACACCUGAAAGAAACCACAGCUGUUCUGCAAAAAAAAAGUACGACCAGCAUCCCAGAGCAGAUCUAGUUUACUCUUAUUAAACUAAAAAAAAGGCCUG